CGCUUGUCACGCCUCGAGACUUCUUAAACUCGAAAGCAUUAUUAUGCGUGAUAGUAUGCCAGGUAUUCGUCUUAGAUCGAUGAUUCUCUGAGCCUUGAUCACGUUCAGGAGGAAAGCAAAGCAGCCUUUAAUUCGUCCAGCACAGUCCGAGUUUCGAAUCUGCGGCCGUCCCCUCCGUAAUUUUCGUAUCAGUCACGCCGAAUAUUUCAUUCACCGGAUCUAAGGCCGCACAGAUACUAUUAAUCGGUGGCUUGAGCUCUUCCAAAUUUUUGAAAUAUCGAAGUUUAUGGCGAGAAAUCCAAAAUCGAUUCUCACAGUAAAUGAUAUGCCUUCAGAAGCAACGUGCUUAUAUCGCGAGAUAUCAAAAUGCUUACUUGUCAGUAUAACCUCUUUUGUUCAUUCUUUCUUCAUCUUGAAAUGUGUUCUUUUGUGCUUUGGAUGUCACAAGUAUACGGACGACCCUCUCAAGCGGCGGGUCGUCAAUAUCUUCCCGCGAUAAAAAUCAUUGUCGUAGAUAUGACGGGUUUGGCUUUCUCGACAACGUAAAUGUUGAUAGUUACGACAGCAUCAAGAAGCAGCAAAGCUAUGAUGCACCAAACAGUUUCAUGCAUAGCUUUCAAAAUCGUUUUUCAGUCGGUGGCUAACGGACGGAUCCAGAAAUAAGAUACGUGAGCCUUAUGCAAAAGCAUAUUUAAAGUCAAGCUAUUAAUCAAUUUCGACGUCCGUUCACAGCCAAUUCUAUAUUGGCAAAACCAAGAGAAAAGAAUCUUGAGCAAACGAGCCAAUCUUUCAUCAGAACUUUCAAGAGGCAUGUUCUCGAUUGCGAGUUAGAUUGCUACAUUUGCUGACUGCAAGACAAAACUGUUGGAUGCUACGUGCAGUCUCCUCCACGUUAUUGCUAUCGAAAUGUCAAAAGUACAGUCUCGCAGCUAGUGAAAUAAAUUAAAGCCUUUGUGUGCGGAAGAUACUCUAGAGUGCUAACCUUGACAGGAUGCUAGCAAACAACUCCUUUUAGGUGUAAAGAAUCCCCAAAAUACUUGGCUCGCACUUUGAAC